AUGCAAUCUGCUAUUGCAACAAAGAAUAACAUUACAUUGAAAGGAUCUACAGAGAUUGUAACAGAGUUCUUUUGUAUAGGAAUCUAUCCACCUGAAUCAUUUACAAGAGUAGCUAAAUAUGGAUUAUCUAUUCUUGUCACUGCCGACAAGGGAUUGAAAGAGUAUUUGGAUAAUGUUUUGAAACAACUCUCUGAUUGGUUGUUGACUGGAAACGUUCAAAAGUUGGUGUUGGUUAUCACCGACGUAGUCACUAAAGAGACUUUGGAACGUUGGGUAUUUGAUGUCCAAACUGAUAUUCCAAAGGAAGGAGAAACACCAAGACAAAAACCAGAAAAAGAAAUAAUGAAUGAAAUCCAAGCUAUCAUUAGACAAAUCACAGCAAGUAUUACCUUUUUACCAUUACUUCCAAACGCAUGCACAUUUGAUCUAUUGGUCUACACAAACAAGGAUAUCGCAGUACCACAGAAAUGGGAGGAAAGUGAUCCACAAUAUAUUACCAAUAGUCAACAUGUUAGACUUCGUUCAUUCACAACUACUAUUCAUAAAGUUGAUACAAUGGUUGCUUAUAAAAUGGAUGCAAUUGUAGUCUCUGCUCUACUUGCAUCUCAUCAAAUCAUUGAGAGAGCUCUUUAA